CCCCGGCUCUCGUCCGUGGAAGGCGAGGCGUGCCUUGCCCAGGCUGCUCCAAUCGCUUCCAGGCAGAGAGGCGGGGACGGCGGGAGGGAGGCGGGUAGGCUGCCACCGCGCGCGCAUACACCCACCAGCUCGCUCGCCAGGAAGGCCCUGCUGGGGCUGCAGCCCCCUUUCUGGGCGUGUGGCUGCCUCCGCCUCUCGGGGAAGGUUAUGCACUUGUGAUUCCCUUUCUUCCUCCUCCUCCUCCUGCCGCUUCCUCCUUUAUGCCAGUGGAGACCCUCUGUGCCUGACUAGCCCAUGAGCCUCCUCGGGAGCUACCGGAAAAAGACCAACAAUGAUGGCUAUGAAUCUUUGCAGCUCGUGGACAGCAACGGUGACUUCUGCGGCAGCCGGGAGCGAACCGGCGGCGGCGGAGGCGGCGGCAGCAUCAGCAAACAAGGGGUGAUCCCCGCGGUGGUGGCGGCAGCAGCAGCAGCCCGGAGCCCAGCGCGACAGCAGCACCAGCCGCUCGACUGCAGCACCAUGGACAGCUCAGGUGCCUCGUCUCCGGACAUAGAGUCUAACUAUGGGGGAGGCCUGUUAGACAUGAUGAAAGGAGGAGCAGGGAGACUGUUCAGCAACUUAAAGGAUAACUUGAAGGACACUCUUAAAGACACUUCUACGAAAGUUAUGCAAUCUGUUGCAAGCUACACCAAGGGAGAACUAGAUAUUUCUUACAUUACCUCAAGAAUUAUUGUGAUGUCAUUUCCUGGUGAAGGAGUUGAACUAGGAUUUAGGAAUCAUAUUGAUGAUGUACGGACGUUCUUGGAUACAAGACAUCCUGACCACUAUACAGUUUUCAAUUUGUCACCGAAGUCUUACCGUACUACAAGGUUUCAUAAUAGAGUAUCUGAAUGUAGCUGGCCAAUGAGACAAGCACCAAGUCUCCAUAACCUCUAUGCUGUAUGUAAGAACAUGCAUAACUGGUUGCAGCAGAAUCCCAAAAAUGUUUGUGUCAUCCACUGUAUGGUAAGUCAGGCAGAUGGUCGUGUAGCAUCAGCAAUCCUGGUCAGUGCAAUGUUCUGUUUCUGUCAUCUCUUCUCUAAUCCAAUUCCUGCCAUUCAGUUGUUAAAUUCAAAGAGACCUGGAAUAGUACUCUGGCCAUCCCACAGAAGGUAUGUAGGAUAUAUUUGUGAUCUAAUAGCAGACAAACCUAUUCAACCUCACUGCAAGCCUCUAACUAUCAAAUCAGUCCUCUUCAGUCCAGUGCCCUGUUUCAACAAGCAGAGAACUGGCUGCCGGCCUUUCUGUGACAUUCUUAUUGGAGAAACCAGAAUCUUCACGACCUCCCAAGAGUAUGAAAGAAUGAAGGAAUUCCGUAUUCAAGAAGGAAAAGUUGUAAUUCCGUUAGGAGUCACUGUCCAUGGCGACGUAGUGGUUUCUGUCUACCAUAUGCGAUCAACCAUUGGGGGACGACUUCAAGCUAAAAUGACGAACACACAAAUAUUCCAGAUUCAGUUUCACACUGGAUUUAUAGCCCUGGGAACAACGGUAUUAAAAUUCAAUAAACCUGAAUUGGAUGCAUGCGACUCGUCAGACAAGUACCCCCAGCUGUUCCAUGUCAUGUUGGAGAUAGAAAUAGAUUCUGCUGAUAGACAGACUGAUCUAACACCUCCAUGGGAAAACUUCACAACAAAAGAUAUCAAUCCCAGCAUUCUUUUCUCAUCACACCAGGAACACCAGGACACCCUUGCCUUGGCAGGUAGAGGUCCUGUAGAUGCGCCACAAGAUAACCUGAAGAAUGUGGGGCAGGGUGCAUUCUUGUCAACUCUCAGCUGGCAAGAUCAAAAACUGGAGAGAAGUAGCUCUCAUCCCAGCUCUGAGGACCGGGCGGCACUGGUGCAUGAAGAAAGUGAGCAGUCAGAUGAUGAACUCUUAUCCCUCUCCAGUCAGCAUAGUAACACCAGCAGUGACAAAAUCCAUGGGGCACCAAAGCAUACCAAGAAGCAUCAAGAGCCACCAGGUCCACCACCCCCAGAGGAUGUCGAUCUUUUAGGCUUGGAAGGCAGUCCUAUGAGCAAGAACUUCCCAGCAGCACCUGCCGCACCGCCCUCAAACUCAGACUUGCUGAGUGAUAUCUUUGGGGUUGGUAACUCUGGAGGACCAAAUCAAGGUGGACAGUCGGCUGUUGAGGAUGUAUUUCAGAUGGGUGGAACUGGAUCCACACAAUCCACCCCACGACGGUCUGCAGCUUCAGCAUCCCCAUCUCUGUCCCCAAGAGUAGGAGAAGCAGCUGCCUUUGACCCAUUUGGCGGUAGUCCCAAGAAGCCAGCCCCUGAUCUUCUAGGUUCUUUUCUUGGUUCAUCAAAUGCCACCACUGAUCCUUUUCUUCAAGGAGCACGGAGUCCUUCACCUACUGUUCAAGGAGAUCCUUUCAAUAUGGCUUCUUCUAGUACACCAUCUGUUUCCAUUCAGCCAGAUGUUUCAGGUGAUUGGGAAUGGCCUAGCAAAUCAGGUGGUCUACGUAUGGGGAGCAAAUCAGCUGCUACCAGCCCUACAGGGUCACUACACAGCACACCUACACAUCAAGCCAAACCACAAACACUGGAUCCUUUUGCUGACUUGGGAACUCUUGGUGCAAAUCUGGCAGGCUGUCCUUCCUUUGCUAGCAAACCCAGCACACCGACAGGAAUGGGUGGAGUAUUUCCUCCUAUGGGGUCACCACAGAAACCAUCUCCUCAGCCAAUGGGAGGAGGCAGCUGGCAACAAGGCACUGGAUACUCUUGGCCACAAUCACAGACAAAACCCCAACAAAGCAUGCCACAUUCCUCUCCACAGAACAGGCCUAAUUAUAAUGUGAGUUUUUCUGCAGCGCCCGGUGGCCAAAAUGACCGUGGAAAAGGACCAGGCAGUUCUGAAUCCAAACCAAAAGUGUCUGCUGAUUUUGAAGACCUCUUAUCUGGCCAAGGCUUUAAUGCUCACAAAGACAGAAAGGGACCAAGAACAAUAGCAGAAAUGAGGAAAGAAGAAAUGGCCAAGGAGAUGGACCCUGAAAAAUUAAAAAUCCUUGAAUGGAUUGAAGGAAAGGAGAGAAACAUAAGAGCCUUGUUGUCCACAAUGCACACAGUACUAUGGGAAGGAGAGACAAAAUGGAAACCCGUGGGCAUGGCAGAUCUUGUUACUCCAGAGCAAGUAAAGAAGGUUUACCGGAGAGCAGUGCUUGUUGUGCAUCCUGAUAAAGCUACGGGGCAGCCAUAUGAACAAUAUGCAAAGAUGAUUUUUAUGGAGCUCAAUGAUGCCUGGUCAGAAUUUGAAAACCAAGGCCAAAAGCCCUUGUAUUAGCGUACUUCCUCAGACAUUGCUGUAGACCUGUGCUAGUGCUCAUAUAGUUCCUUGCCACAAGAUUUUCACAGCUGAAUUAGUAUCUGGCUGGAAAUUUGGGAAAAAAUAAGACUAGCCCUAACACUAAAACCUUUUCGUAUGGAGAGCGGGAAGGUAUGGAGGCUGCUCCUUAGGUAUGCCAUGAAUUACAGAUGCAAAGAGAGGAGUUCUAGAAGUUAAUCUUAAUAGUGUUCUUUCAGGUAUAAACAGGGUAGGUAAGGAUGCAUUCUAGAAAACUGGGAUUGCUUGUCUUGGAACAAGUGAGGUGAAAUGAAUGGUCUCUCUCACUACGAACCAAAUAGAUGCUGUGUCACUAGGAAUGCGGCUUAGUCUUGAAAGUUUGUAUCCAGGACAAGCUUUGUCAAAACAAAGCAUAAGGAUGUUCAUAUGUGGUUAUUUGCUGUACACUAAACUCUCAUAAUAAUUUGACCCUUCAAUUACUUCUUGUAGUGUUUCUUUUUUUUUAAUAUGACAGCUAGGCAACUGGAUAUGUCUUCAGCAACUUACUGCUGCCUUAAACAUAGUACUGUAUUUCGUGUUUCAGACAAGCAGACAGCUAGACAUUUUACACCAACAAAGAAUUUGGGAAGUGUCUUUAAAUUAUUAUUUAUUUAUUAACAUGCAAAAGCCUGUUGAAGCAUUAUCCCAAAUCAACAGACCACUAAAGUUGUUUGCUGUUCAUUAUUAUUAAAGUAAGGGUGCAAGAAUACCUUGCAAAAAAAUUCCCAGUUAAAAAACACUUUGAAACCUGCCUCUGAAACAAACUUUGCUGCCUUCUUCAGCAUUGUGAAGUUAUGUGCUUAAUUGAUUCAAAAUGUAUAUCUAAAUUGAAUCAAAUAUCCAGUUUUUCCAGAACAUUUGUGAACACAAGCUAAUGUUACCAUGUAGACUCAACUUCUGAACUUCUAUAGGUAACUUACUAUGUUCAUGUAGUUUUGUAAGAUCUGAGGUGAGCAAAAAAUACGAAAAUUUACUUACUUACUUAUAUUGGCCCAGUAAGCAAUAAUGUUCAUAUAUUCACAUUAUGGUAUCUGAUGAUAAAACAAAAGUAUGUUCUCUCAUCUAAUGAAACUAAUUUUACAUAGCACUUUGAACUGUUUCUCCUUUUGCAGAGAAACUUAUAAUGGGAGUUUUAUUUAUUGACAUUUCCUGAAUGAAAUCUGGUCUCUGCCUUGCAUGGGGUAGAUUAAUAUUAUCUGGUCUCCUCUCCUUCAAGCAGUUGAUAGUUAAGUCAACGUGCAGCAACAGCCAUGUGAAACUUGGUUGUUUAUAGAGGUCCAAUGUGUUUAUAGAUGCUGAUUCGAUAUCUUUCUUGAAAACCAACUAUCUACAGGCUGUUGAAGGCAUCGUGCCACCUGACUCCAUUGAACAUUGGAUCCCAUUAUGCAGCCGAUUUCUUCAUGGAGCUGUUGCAUAGUAGCUACAAAAGUCACUGUAUUGGGGGGGGGAUGGUAACCUACAUCUGCCUUUUUGAUGUUCAACAGGUGGACAAAAAGGUUUCCACAUGCAGGGAAAACUCUCUAGAUGACGUGAAAAUCUUGGUCAAAUUGGUGUUUUAAGACAAUCUGUUUUCUGUUGUUCUAUUUUCUUUAUAGUGGAAAACCCUUUUCUGCAGAUACAGCAUGUCCACCAGCCUACGUUUAUUUUUAUAUUAAAUGCCAUCUUUUUGUUGUAUUGAUCCAUUAUUUAUUGCCAUUACUGCCAAUGUGAAACAAAACACCAAGCUCUCCUUUUUAUAUGUACAAGAUAUUAAGACGUUUGAACAACUAUAACAAACUGGAUGUUAUUUAUUAACAUAUUAUGAAAUGUUUUGAUCAAGUAUGUGCUUGUCUAUUAAAAACAUUUUGAAAUGUGAA